AUGGCGGCAGUUGUGGACCGGUUUUCCUUAUCGUUAGAUUUUAGCUCAGAAAAGCUCGGUCCUGACAUUCUCUGGUAUAAUCCACCACAACAGUAUAAACUACGUUGCAAUGGUGACACAGGUUUAAAAGUUUUUUCGAAAGGACAAACGGAUUUUUGGAAGAGAACUUAUUACAAUCCUCAAAUUAUUAAAGAUGAUGGUCACUUGCUUCAUCUUGUGGUAAAACAGAUGAACAGUGUCAUUGAAACAUCGUUUGAACUCAAAGCUCUAAACCAGUUUGAUCAGGCUGGUAUUAUGGUCAGAGUGGAUGGUGAUCACUGGAUAAAAACUGGUCUGGAAUAUGUGGAUGGAGAGUGCUCCAUGAGCUGUGUUGUAACAAACAGGUGGAGUGAUUGGUCAACGCAGUCAUGGAAUAGCAACAAACUGGCUCUUAGGGUUCACAAGAUAAAUGAUGAUUAUGUUGUUGAGAGCAAAUUACCAGAUGGAAGCCCUGAUGACUGGAAAUUUGUCCGCAUUGCUCACCUUGAGUCAGGUGGCAAAGCAGUGAAGAUUGGACUGUACUGUUGUUCCCCCACAAAAGAGGGAAUGAGUGUAGUGUUUGAUCUGCUAAGCAUUCAACAUUCAGAUGGUACAUAUCAUCACAAGGCUUCGUAAUUUAACUUUUUAAAUUUACACUGUAAAAAUUAGGGUCUUUUGGAAUUCCAAAUUUCUCAGUAAACUGUAUUUAUUAGGAGAAUUUGCAUUGUAUUUUAGAUAAUUUCUUGUUUUAGGAUGAAUAUCCUACCUCAAUCAUUUCCUUCCCCCCUUUAUCCCCUCCCCCUCAACACACUCAGACAUUGCAUACACACAAACAAUCUAGUUCUUGAUACAGUUCCCCUCACCCAUAAGGAAUAUUUGGAUCAGUUUUAAUGCAAUUAAUUAUCAUGUAUCAAGAAGUACACAUUUCUGUCGUCUCUCAUCUUGUUGAGAAGUCCUGUUGUGUGAUUCCUUCACUCAUGUUAUUCUUAAGCAAAGAAAUUAUUUUAUGAUUCAUACACCAUGUUUCUCUCUGUAUCAAACUUUCUCAAGGUUUAGUCAAGGUAAUUGAUACACAUCAAAGCAUGUUCAGGUUACUUUUU